GUGGUAGGGGCUGCGCUUGCGGCUGUUUGUAAUGUCGUUAAUGAGUUUUCGGUGUUGAAGGGGACUUACCUCGAACAAGGCCUCCUAAAACGCCUCGUUGCGGUUUUGAACUCUGGAGAUCGAACACUAAAAGUCAACGCCCUCUGGGCGAUCAAGAAUCUGGUGAGGAAGACGGAGACGGAGACGAAGAGGGAUGUGAUGCGUGAGGUGGGGUGGGGGUAUUUGAUUGGACUACUUACAGACCCAGACGAAGCCGUCCAAGAACAAGCCUUCGCCAUCCUUCGUAACCUUACCGAAAGCGAGGAAGGGAUCGAGAUGGUGUUUAGCGAGGUAGGACCAAAAGUGUUGGAUCUUAUCGCUUCUACCUUGGGUGGU